AUGGCUAGCUUCGCUUCACAAAUUUCCUCUGUUUUGUUGUUUGUGCUAUUUACAACAACAUUCAACAGGGUGAUCAGUUGCAAUGAAAAUGAUGAAAAGCUGCUUUUAAUCUUCAAACAAGGAGUGGUUGAUCCAUAUAACCAACUCUCUUCUUGGACUACCGAAGAAGAUUGCUGUUUAUGGGAGGGAGUUCACUGCAACAACAUGACCGGAAGAGUCACAAAGCUUUCUCUUUUCAAUCGUACAUUGCGAGGUGACAUUAAUCUGUGUGUGCUUCAACUUGAAUUCCUCAGCCACUUGGACCUGAGCCACAAUGACUUCAAAACUGUGAGUAUGCCACCAUGCCAAAUCUCCAAAUCUCCUUUUGAUGCUCACAAAUUUCACAACCAAUCACUUCCUACCCCUUCGAAUCAGUCAGCAUGCUUUUCUGUUGCUCUACGUUAUCUUGACUUUUCAGUUAAUGGUUUAGUCAUCAAUGACCUUCAUUGGCUUUCUCAACUUUCUUCCUUGAAAUAUCUUGACCUCACUAACAGUGAUAUUGGAAAUGAAAACAAAUGGCUCCACCAUAUAUCCAUGCUUCCUUCACUCUCUGUGUUACACUUGAGGGGUUGUGGACUCACAGAUUUUCCUUCCCUUGAUUAUAUCAAUUUUACAUCACUUGAAAUUCUUGAUCUUUCUUUCAACUGUAUCAACUCAAUACCCAAUUCAUUCUUUAAUAUUACCAGUAACAUCUAUCACCUCGACCUUUUGGGAUGUAAUUUCUAUGGUCAAUUACCAAAAGCCUUGCACCAUCUUCAAAACCUCAAGCAUUUAAAUUUGAGUUUAAAUAAUCUUGAAGGAUCAAUUCCUGAUUGGAUUUGCCAACAUGAACAGUUGCAGCAUUUUGAAAUCUAUCUUAAUCAGUUGAAUGGUUCUAUUCCAUCAUGUCUUGGAAACCUUUCUUCCUUGAUUUCCUUAGAUUUGUCUAACAAUCAUUUCAGAGGAAAUCUUCCCAAAAGCCUUGGAAAGCUUCAUAACUUAAAAUCUUUAAGUAUUGAUGGCAAUUCUUGGUCAGGUGUCCUUUCAGAAAAGAACUUUGCCAACCUAUCAAGCUUAGCAUCACUAGCUUUGAGUUCAACUAGUUUUAAAUUUGACUUUGAUCCUAACUGGGUGCCACCAUUUCAACUCAAAUAUUUCUCUUCAGCAAAUACAAGCUUAGGUCCUAAUUUUCCAACUUGGCUAUAUACACAAAGGUCUCUAGAAAGGCUCCAAAUCUCUAGAUCAGAGAUUUCAAACAUUGAUGCAGAUAUAUUGUGGGGCUUCAUAGCAAGAAUUGAUGAAGUUGACCUAUCAAACAACUUCAUCAGUGGAGACAUAUCCAAUGUGACACUUCACUCAAGAGAUAUACGUUUGGACUAUAACAAUUUUACCGGAGGCCUCCCUCACAUAUCAGCAAAUGUUAUGUACAUUCAAGCUUCUCAUAACUCGUUCUCAGGAUCCAUUUCUGCGUUCCUAUGCCCCAGAGAGAGUAAUCGGGCUCAAAACAUGCUGUCUAUUUUGGAUAUAUCACAUAAUAAUUUAAGUGGAUCACUCCCUGAUUGCUGGGCCGGUUGGAAACAAUUAGUUUACCUUAAUUUGAGGGGUAAUAUAUGGUGA